AGCGCGGCAGCGUGCCGACGUAGAAGAGAGUUGACGCAGAAAGUGGCGCGCCCGACAGCGCAGCCGCAAAAGAACAAACGCAGACAUACACAACAGUAGCCAUGGCAGAUGAAAAACCCAAGGAGGGAGUGAAGACGGAGAACAAUGAGCACAUCAACCUGAAGGUGGCAGGGCAGGAUGGCUCCGUCGUGCAAUUCAAGAUCAAAAGGCACACUCCCCUCAGCAAACUAAUGAAAGCUUAUUGUGAACGGCAGGGCCUGGCGAUAAGGCAAAUACGAUUUCGAUUUGAUGGUCAGCCCAUCAAUGAAACAGACACACCUUCACAGCUAGAAAUGGAGGAUGAAGAUACAAUUGACGUGUUCCAACAGCAAACCGGAGGCUCUUCUCUUUAAAGACUGUUUCUUCUGAACACCCUUACCCCCUCUUUUCCUCCCUGAACGUCUGUUAUGCCCUUCAAAUGUUCAUGAUCAGUGUUGACAACAUCCAGUGGAUUAUUUUCACAAAAGUUCCAAUGCAGAAGCACAGUUGGUGUAGACUGAUUUGAUCACACUGUCAUUUCUAUGUUAACAUGUCAGAGAUGUGCAGUUUGCAGAAUAAAUGAAAAGCUUAUGAAGUUCUUUUCUGUAACAUUUUGGAGAAAAUUCCCUGGUCCUUGCAUUUGUUUUAUACUGUUAUAAAGGUUUUGAUUUAGGCUGAACUUUGUUGUUGUUGUCUAGGAAGCCUGCGUUUUAAAUUCACAGCAGUUAUGAAAAUGUAAUAUUGGAAUAAAUUGAGUCUUUUUUUAAA